CGGAAGCAUCAUUCCACAUCGUUCCUAUUCCUUUUACGAUUCCUGUGCAAGUCGCGCUGAAGCGGGAAGGUUAUAGUCCUUACAAUUCGCAGAAAUGCCGCCCAAAAGAGGAAAGGUACAGAAGGAAGAAGUGCAGGUCUCUCUUGGACCUCAACUUCGCGAGGGAGAGGUAGUCUUCGGAGUGGCUCACAUCUUCGCCAGCUUCAACGACACAUUUGUGCAUGUCACCGAUUUGUCGGGCAGGGAAACGAUCGCUAGAGUCACCGGUGGCAUGAAGGUAAAGGCUGAUCGUGAUGAAGCCUCGCCGUACGCAGCUAUGUUAGCAGCUCAGGAUGUUGCAGAAAAAUGCAAAUCGCUGGGCAUCACGGCACUGCACAUCAAACUGAGAGCUACGGGAGGCAAUAAAACAAAAACUCCUGGCCCAGGUGCGCAAUCUGCUCUGCGCGCUUUAGCUCGUUCCAGCAUGAAAAUUGGUCGCAUCGAAGACGUUACUCCUAUCCCAUCAGAUUCUACUCGCAGGAAGGGAGGUCGUCGUGGACGUAGGCUAUAAGCUCUUCUUAUGGCCACAUCUAUAUGGUUUAUUAUCUUUCAAUAAAUAUUUAAAGAAAAAGAAA